UCCCAAACCCCUCGAUCAUCUCCCUCCUCUCUCUCUCUCUCUCGCUCUCUCGCUCUCUUUGUCUCUCUCUGAGAUGGCCAUGGCGAAGGAGAGCUCCGAGGAGAACGAUCCCAAGAUCCCCGUCCUCUCCGUCCUCAAGAGGGGCAUCGUCCUCAAGAACAUCUUCCUCAACGCUCCCCCACCCCAAAGCGAGCCCAUGGAGGAACCCUACGAACGCGGCGACGCCUCCGCUGCAGAAGAGGAGGAGCCGAUCCUCAUCGGUCGCCACCCCGAUUGCCACAUCGUCCUCGACCACCCCAGCAUAAGCCGUUUCCAUCUCGAGAUCCGCGCGAAACCCUCGAUUCGAAAGCUCACCAUCACCGAUCGAUCCUCAGUUCAUGGGACGUGGAUUUCUGGGAACAAGAUUCCGCCCAAUGUUCCUGUUGAGCUUGUAGAAGGGGAUUCGGUAAAGCUCGGCGCAUCGACGAGAGAGUAUAAGCUUCAGUGGCUAUCGUUGAGCGACGCUUUCGAGAUGGAGAACCCACUGCCGCCAUUGAUGGAAGAGAAGGAAGAAACCCAUCAGGAGGAGAUUGGUCAGCAGAUGAUGAGUGAUCAAAGUGGGUUAUGGGUCUCAGAGGUCCCUUCGGCGCCUCCGAUGCCGGAGCACAUGAAUUUCUCAUCCCCGUGUAAGUUGGAGGGCAAAGAGAAGAGCCCAGAAAAGGGAUUAGUGGAUCAGAGCUUAAGCUUCUGUUGUUUUCCCCAAGUGCUAGAAUCUGUUAAUUCAUUGAUCAUGGAUGUCGAGAAACGAACGCCGGAAAUGGAAUCUAAUCUCGACCCGGCUGCUAAACGGGAAAGAUCAAGCCUAUUGUCGAGGAGGAGCAAGUCUAAGUCUGUUGGGUUCCUUCGAGUCGACACGGGGAGGAGCAAAGAAAGAAUGGGAAAUUUGAGCUUUGACUCCGAGGCGGUGGAGGUUGGAAAUGAGAAGGAGAACUCACCAACUUAUGAAAAAUGCGACAACGAAGAAAAGAUUUGUAGGGUUUUAUUUGACAAUUUAGAUGGGAAAGACCAGGAAGAUGAAGAGGAAGUAACUUUUGCUUCGGAUGAGGAGAAUGCAGAUGUGAAGUUUACUGUUUCAACUCUGAAUUCUGAGGAAGAUGAGCUCUGGUCAGAUAAUGAGAAUUCAACACCUGAAGUUUUUAAGGAGCAUAAGCCAGAUAAAUCGAUCUCAAAUAAUUCUGUGCAAAGGGAGGAAGUGCUAUUUGGUUCCGAUAAGGAAAAUAUAACACCACAGAUUUCUUCGAGCAACAAACUAAAGAAGGAGCAAAAAAGGAUAAAGAAAUUAUUUGCAAAUGCUGCAGAAGAUGUUUUUCAUUCAGAUAAAGAGAACUGGACACCAGAGCCCCAAAAAGACAUGAAAUCAAAGAGGCACACAGUUGAUGAGUUUUAUUCAGGGAAAGAGAAUCUGGCUCCAGUAAGCACGGGAGUGAAGAAAUCGAGGGAACCAAUGUCUAGUAGCCAUGCUAGAAUCGAAAGGGAGAUUACAAAUAGAAGGAAGGAGAGGAUUCCUUUCCAGAUUUUACUCGAGAACUCUCCCUCAAGAAAGAGCAUUUCUGCUGAUAUUGAAAGAGAGAAUAUGAAUAAAAAGGUGGAGAGGAUUCCUUUCGAGCCUUUGUAUGAGAACUCUCCUUUGAGAAAGAGCAAUUCGGAGCCUAUACUAGAGAGCUCUCCUUUAAGAAAAAGUAAUUUUGCUGAUACUGCACAAGGGGAUGUGAGUAAUUGGAACCACAGUAAUGUCAACUAUGUUCACAGUUUAGAAGAUGAAUACAACAACUUUCCUAUCCAAUUCAAAAGCCAAGUUCCCCAUAAGUCUGAAGAAGAUAAGAAAGUAUGGAAUAUGGUGGUUGACACGAGCUGUUUCCUCGACGAAGAAUUGAGAAGGUCCCUAAAGUUAUUGGAAGGCCUAAAGGGGACUCACCUCAUCAUACCUAGGAUUGUCAUAAGGGAACUUGACUGCAUGAAGCGGCAUGAAAGCUUCUUUAGAAGGCCAUCUUCAAAGGCUUCUUCAGCACUACAAUGGAUUGAAGAAUGUAUGGAAAAUACAAGUUGGUGGCUUCAUGUCCAAAGCUCUCUAGAGACUAAACCAGCGGCGCCAACUCCUCCUAUAACACCAACUUCGCAAUUCAUUGAUGGAAAUAAUGAACUCGGGACUAAGAUCUUUAGCUCCAUGCCUUUCUCAAGAUAUGGAAAUUUCAUGGAUAUUGUUUCUCCAACAGCUGAGGAUCACAUUCUAGAUUGUGCUCUCCUGUUCAAGGAAAUUAGGAAAGAUGGACAACUUAUCAUUCUUUCUAGCAGCACGACUCUCAAAAUCAAAGCCAUGGCAGAGGGAUUACUGUGUGAAUCACCAAAGGAAUUUCGUGAGAGUCUCAUGAACCCAUAUUCAAAGAGGUUCAUGUGGGUUGACAGCUGCCCGAGAGGAUCGACUUGGUCUUGCUCGGAUGAGGUUGGCCUGAUUAAGAAUUACUAUAAUAUGUGCCCUAAUGUCAGAAAGACGGCGAAGACUGAUGAGGCUGUCAGAGGAUUAAAACUCAUACUGCUACAUAAUUCUCAUUACGGACAGACCAACUCGGUCAAGUAGCAUGUAUUUGUGAUUCCUCACAAGGACAUCUACCUUUAAACAGUUUCUUAGAAUAUUUGAUACUAGCAUGGCCAUCUCAUUCCAGUGUUGAUACUAGCAUGGCCAUCUCAUUCCAGUGUUGAUUCUAGCUUUAAACAGUUUCUUAGAAUACUUGAUACUAGCAUGCCCAUCUCAUUCCAGUGUUGCAACCUAAAUAGUGUACGCAGCCGUGCUUAAGCAUAUGUUGUGAAAUUACAGAUGAUCUCAUGUGUUGAACCACACAGAGAUGCUUGAGCAUAUGGUUUGUCAGCAUGCAUUGAUCUCUAAUUGUUGAUUUGUCAUGAAAACCUAAUUCAUAGCUUGGAUCAUUUUUUCCCACCUG